CUGAUGACGUAGCGCAAGCCGUGUUUGCUUGAGCCAGCUUGAGCGCUGGGCGCUGCGAAAUCACGUGUGUGCCGAAUGGAUCUGGCAUUUAUCGGGAAAUAUUGAUACUCUAGCAAAAUCCAAACUUAGCAAAAAUGCGGCGAGCCCAAACGUCAUCACAAGGACAUGCUAAUGGAUCCAGUUACAGAGACACGGUGGAGGAGGAGAACACUCAGCUGAUUGACGGCCUGAAAUCUAAGAUCUCUGCUCUGAAGACGGUGUCAAUAGACAUUGGCCAGGAAGUCAAGUACCAAAACAAGAUGCUAAAUGAAAUGGGCCUGGACUUCGACGCUGGCGAGGGCAUCUUGAAAUCGACGAUGGGCCGACUCGUGAAGAUGAGCCGGUCCGGCCACAACCGCUACAUCUUUUACCUCAUGAUGUUCUCCCUGUUUGUGUUUCUUGUCAUAUACAUGUUGAUGAAGCUGGGCUAAUAGAUGUGAAAAAAUUGUUUUUUAAGAAAAUGUUUUUGUAAAUAAACUGCCUUUGUACUCGCUUU